AGGGAAAUACCUAAGCCUUAUGUGCCAACGGAGGAGGAAAGAAGGCUCCUCAAGGAAUGUGCUGAAGAGAGUAGCCGAUACAGAGCUUUUCCUUUGGCUGCAGUGAGCAUGCUUGGUACUAGUUUCUUAAUUAGGAAAGGUGUUCUAAGAGACAGCUCAAGAUUUGGCUCUUUUAUGAAAGUUGCAUUUGCUGGAAUGUGCGGAUACAUGGCCGGAAAGAUAUCCUACUUGCCAGUCUGCAGUGAGAAAUUUAAGAAACUGAAGGAUUCCCCGAUAGGAGAUGUUCUACGACAAGCUCAGAGACAUAGUACACAUAACCGUUCCAGUCGGAAAUCUGAAUUUUCAGACAUGCCUUCUCAGUCAUUUACUGAAUCUUCUUCUCCAAGAGCUGGAUUCCCACUUUCUUCUAGCUACUCAGAUGAUUAUAGUUCAACAGAUAGAGCCCUUUCAAGUUACGAACCUGUUCCGUUCAGUGCUUCCCUGAAUGAAUCUUCACCUACAGGAAUUACUGAUUACACUGUUCAAGAUCCUGCUACAAUUCCAGAAGAAAGUCGUAAAAAAAAAGGCAUCACAUAUGAGGAAUUAAGGAAUAAACACAGAGAGACAUAUGAGGUAAUGCUACCACCAAAGGCAGAAACUCCAAGCAAGUUUUCGCAGGAAAGACCAGCUAAGGAAGUUAAAGUAAAUAAAUAUGGAGAUACCUGGGAUGAGUAAGAGCUGAAUGAAGAACUGAAGAAAAUGAUCUCCUGUGAGCUAACGUGAACUUCAUCUGGAUUAGUCACAAGCAUCAGCACCUUUAGUGUGUUCUGCCAGCCACAGCUAUUCAUAAAUGAGGAGGAAACCCUGACUUGACAGAAGAUGAAAAAAAAAAAAGUAUUUAGGCUUAAUUUUAAAAAAAAUUUUGCAUAAAUGGCAAGUGAGGCUAUUGUGAGGUGUCGUGACUGUAAACCAUUUGUGCUUUUGUUUGAGAAUGAAAAGGGUAGCUGGGAAUCACUGCUAUAAACCUUUAGUGACAGGUAAAAAUCUAUGUAAGAAAAUGCUAUCACAUGUACUUGGAAGGGAAAAAUAUCAGAAUCGUUUCAAAUUUUCAAGAUGUGCAUUAAAAGUUACCUGUAGAACUC